UAGUUGGGUUCGUUACCACUGAGCCACAAUGGGCACUCCUCCCAGGUAAACUCUUUGCCCUAGAGUCCCUGUCACAGGAUCUUCUCAAGGAGCAACUCAACCCGUGACAGUGGCUCAAAUCCUUUGGACUUCAGCUUCAUCUUCUGUGAGACAGGGAGUCCAGCAUGUGCCUGUGAAAUUGAGGGAACACAACCACAAGUCUGGGAGGCUCCCAGGGCCAUGCCCCAUAUGCAGCAGGCACAGGGUUCGUGCCCUCUUUCAUACACACAGCAGGUGUUUAAUAAAAGCUCCAGUCCCCUCAGACUGCCCAGGACAUGGCACAUUUCCAUUCCUGCCAAUCAGGCACCACAGGUAAGCCAAGCCCCAAGGCCUUACCAUUCCUGAUGCUCUUUGCUAAACACCUUCCAGGGGGCCUCCCUCUCGAGCUGGCAGCAAAGGGCUCCCUGGGGACCUGGAGACCAAAGGAUGGGCAGGAGGCAACACGUGGUCCCAGAUGGCUGUCCGAGUUCCUCAGAGGUCAAUAAAAGUCAUCCUCACUCCUGGGCACCGAGCCAGGACCAGCUGGACCUUCCCCUGCAUCAUCUCAUCGAAUCUUCACUGCAAACGGCAGGCACGACGCUGCUCUCAUGGUCCAGGAGGCUGGGCCUCAGAGGGGCCCCACAGCCGAGCAGUGAGAGCCAGGAUUCAGACCUUGCCUGUCAAACCGGAGCCCAGACUCCUCUGUGUUUACCUCAGAUGCCCCGGGCCUGGCGCAGGCUCUGCACAGAGCAGGAGCAUAGGAAGUGAGCCUUGGGCAGGACGGAACCCAAUAAGGCUCCUGGAGGAAAUAGAAAGAUCCUGUUUCCUGUUGGACACAGAGCCCUGAGGCCAACUCCUAGAGCAAGGCCUGGCUCAUAAUGAUAUUUAAGCCAGGUCUGUGGAUCAGUGAAAGGCGAACAUUUAAAAUAUUCUUGGCCAGAAUUUACACUGUGGCCCAGAUCCAUGCUUGCAUUAGGAGUUGUAUACAAUGUUCCCAUCCUGUUAUUCCUGCUGCAUUUUUCCAUGAAAAAGACUCUACCCAUGUCUGAAGGAUGCUUGUCCCACUCAUCCCACUAAUUAGAGGCUCCUCUGGGCUCCGCUACUGGUGAGAGAUGGGGAAACCUGUAGUAAGCGCCGACUGUGUGCUUUCACGUAAACUAGCCCAUCUCAUUUCCGCCACAGCCCUACGGGCAGGGCUGAACGGCCCCACCAGACAGAUGAGUCAGACCAAGACCUGGAGGAGUUGGGUGACUUGGUUCAAGGUCACCUGACAAGUUAGAGGCUGACCAGGGAUGGAUCCCAGAUCUGCCAUCCCCCCAAACUCAUCCUCUUUUUCUACCACCAAAUUCCCUCCCAGCCCUAAGGUGCUUCUCUUCCCCAUCCACUGUGGCCAGUGUAGAUCUCAGAAGUGUCAACCUGGUGACACCAGAUCCGUCACCUUAGGGAGGAGUGAAGGAAGCACCUGCGGAUCAGCUUACUAAUUCGAGGGGCCGAUGAAUUAUUCACACCACCAUUAACUUGGAGGCCCUUCCAGCCUCACCUCUCCUUCUCCUGCUCCAGCCCUUCGGGUCCUUCCUGGCCUGCCCCCAGCACAACAGACGUGCCGGGGACCCGGUGAGGAGAUGCUGGCAGAGCUGAGGUUCUGUCUGCUGCUGGGAGUGGCACUGCUGGGCCCAGGCCCCAGGGCCCAGGCCAUGAAAGGUGUCAAAUGUGGGGGUGUGCUCUCAGCACCUUCUGGAAACUUCUCCAGCCCCAACUUCCCCAGGCUCUACCCCUACAACACGGAGUGUAGUUGGCUGAUUGUGGUGGCUGAGGGCUCCUCUGUGCUGCUCACCUUCCACGCCUUCGACCUGGAGUACCAUGAUACCUGCAGCUUCGACUUCCUGGAGAUCUACAACGGGGCCUCCGGAGAUCAGGGCAACCUGCUGGGGAGGUUCUGUGGCCAGGUGCCCCCGCCACCCUUCACCUCCUCCUGGCACGUCAUGUCUGUGGUCUUCCACUCAGACAAGCACGUGGCCAGCCGCGGCUUUUCCGCGGGCUACCAGAAAGAUGUGUGUGGUGGUGUCCUGACGGGCCUGUCGGGGGUCCUCACCAGCCCUGAGUACCCCAACAACUACCCCAACAACGUGGAGUGUCGCUGGGUGAUCCGGGCGGCCGGCCCCGCCACCGUCAAGCUGGUGUUCGCGGACUUCCAGGUGGAGGGCAGCGAGCAGUGCACCUAUGACUACGUGGCAGUGCUUGAGGGGCCUGGCCCCGCUCAUGGGCACCACUACUGCGGCAGCACCAGGCCCUCCACGCUUGUGUCCCUGGGCCACGAGCUGCAGGUGGUCUUCAAGUCUGACUUUAACAUUGGAGGCCGGGGCUUCAAGGCGUACUACUUCUCAGGAGAAUGCCAGGAAGUGUACACAGCCGUGCGGGGCAACUUCUCCAGCCCCCAGUACCCCAGCUCCUACCCUAACAACAUCCGGUGCCACUGGACCAUCCGCCUGCCUCCUGGCUACCGGGUCAAGGUGUUCUUCCUGGACUUGGACCUGGAGGGACCCAACAGCCUGACCGGGACCUGUGACUUUGACCACCUGGCGGCCUUUGAUGGAGCCAGUGAGGAGGCGCCCCUGCUGGGGAAUUGGUGUGGCCACCACCUGCCACCCCCGGUCACCUCGAGCCACAACCAGCUCCUGCUUCUGCUGCACACAGACCGCAGCACCACCCGCAGGGGCUUCUCUGUGGCCUACCUGGGAGUGGUGCCCAUGAACGUGACCUGCUCCCGCACGGACUUCCAGAUACUGAUAUCUGCGCAGGCACUGGCCCCACUAGAACGGACCAAAGUCUACCUGGGCAGCCGGAGCUGCGCCGCCCAGGAAGUCGGCAGCAACUUCCGGAUCCAGGCCCGCUUUGACACCUGCGGCACUGAGUCUCAGAGAAGAAACAACACUUCGGUGAUCGUCAGUGUGCUGUACAUCGACUUCUCGGCUGGUGGGCGGGAGGACAUCCACGAGUAUGAAGUCCGCUGUGAGCCACGGCGCAAAGAGGCCUCUGUCCACCUGCUGUCCGGCUCCCACUGGCUUGGGCCCUAUGCUGCCACGGCUGAGCACCUUCAGGAAGCACCACCCAGGGAUGAGGCAGAGCCGCUGGAGAGCCCUGUGGCCAUGGUGGCCCAGGACACCAGUGACAUUGUCUUCCUGGGCCUUUGCAUCCUGGCUGGAGUCCUCAUGGUCAUUGCCAUCGUGGUCCUGAUGCUGCUCUAAGCAGAGGCGGGUAGGGACCUGGCAUCUGGCAUCCCUGGGGGAGGGGGACCCACAACGGGGAUGGGACAGGCCUUGGUGACUUGUUGGAGACUAUGGGCAAGUCACUAUCCCCUUCUGAGCCUCAGUUUUCUGGGGCUCUUUCCUCUGCUCUGCUUACCUCAAAGGGCUGACCUGAGGCUCAGCCUCAUAAACGGGUAAGAGCAUUGUGUGCAAUUGUUGUUAUUCAUUUUAAAGAGUCUCUGCUGUAGAAAAGAACUUUCCCGUAUGUGCUACUUGUCAGUGUACCCAGUGUAGUCCCCGGUGACAGAGCUGAUAAAACUGACUUGUUCUGCAACUUGUAGGAGUACUUCACCAACUCAGGAUACAAAUAAGGUCUCUCCUAAUUUUCCAAUGAAUUGCUCAUCCUAAGGCUUCAUCAGCAGGAAGUUCAAUUUCCAUCCAGGAGCCUCCACUCUUCUGAACUGACACAGGAACCCUGAGGACUUUGUCGAAAGCGGGCCAGUCCUGCCUCCAAACUCCAGGGACAGAAAGAAAGGGAGCUGAAACCCCACCUAGUGCUGCCAUGUCAGCCCCUGCCACAGGGUGUCACUGUCGAAGACUGGUGUGCCUCCUCGUGGCUGCCUGUCCACCCAGGUGGCGAUGCUCUAGAGUAUAAAGCACAGGCAGGCCCACGCUGUGCUCAGGAGUGAGGCUGGAGGCCGAGAACUAGUGUCUCUUUCAUGCUGGCAUUUUCCCUUCAAUAGAUCGUGAUCCUUGACUGAGAAGCUGAUUGAAGUCCCUUGUGUCUUUGUCCUCAGCCCUGAUGUCAAGCUCAGAUCCCCAGCCCAUCCUCCUCCUCUUUGGAGCCAUCUGGACCUUCUCCUGCCAUUGGACUUCACGCAGAGCUACGCCGAUCUACUCAGAACUACUCCAGGCCACCCAUAUUUUUCUAAGUUUACAUCACAGUGAGCAGGGGUUGGCUCCCCAAUGCUUCCCUGAGAAGACUUCUGCAUCCUUAUGCAAAUUGGUCCAGCCCUCCCCAGAGCCCUAUAUAUCAAGAAGUGGAGCAAUCUUGUUA